UCAUAAUUAACUUCAUCGACAUGAGUGCUCGAAUUUGUAAGUUCAUCCCAAAAUGUGGGAGCCGGAAGAAGGUCGGGCCUAAUAACAGGCUCGAUGAUUCUGAUACGGAGUUGCUGGAGAAAGCGAAGACCGAUGCUCGCGAGAAGUUGGAGAAGAUGAAGAAUUCAAAAGGGAACCUAAUCCGCGUAGAUGUCAAGGACGUGGGGACUCACAGUAUCAUAUUUGGCGUUAGGUUUCAGCUCGACGAUCCCGAUUUCUACAUCCAGAGCUUCACUUUUAUUGUGAAAUGCAUUGGCAGUGAAAUCAAAUCGAGCGCGAGCUCAGGACGGGGAUCCCCAGACCUACCCUACGAGUUCACAGUUGAAGUGCCGUAUGCGGUCAUACUGGGCAGCAUAGUAGAGGAUGCAAUCAGGGGCUUGAAAAUAGGGUACCAAGUGGAGUUAACCAUUUGCAUGAAGCUCAUGGCAAAUUCUUUGCAGAUUCCAAUGCAAAUAAGUAGUAAAGGUAUCAUUACCAUCCCUAAAUUGUCUGAGCUCCAGAGUAAGAGUUCCAUUGUGCUCAAACCCAACAUUAGCCAGAACCAAUUCAUCCAGUCAUUGAAACAAAAUUGGAUUGUGGGUCCAAUUGUGGAAACGAUUUUGGACAAGAUACCUCCUAGAGUGUAAUUCGACCCGAGCUAACGUUGAAUCUCUCAUGCCAAAAGGGGUGAAAGUGAACACGAAGUGUUCUAGAAGGGAUAAAGUGUGUUAUGGUUAAUGCCAUAAAUGAUGGCCUUUGUUCUCUUUUUGGGUUAAAUAAGAAUAAGAUGUAACAUUCAACUUCUACUAUUAAUAAAAUUAAAAUAAGAUGGAAUAUUGAACUUCUAUUAUUAAUAAACUUGAGUUGAA